CAGUGUGGACAUCCACAGCUCUGAUGCAAGAGUGACGGCCCUUUACCGAAUGGUAGACAUGCUUCACACAGCCAUCUCGUGCUGGCAGCCGAUCCUAAGCUUGGCUCUCAUUGUUGCUCUCGUGGGCUCCACCAUGGGCUGCCCAGCUCGCUGCGAGUGUGCUGCUCAGAACAAAUCCGUCACUUGCCACCGCAAACGAUUGACUGUGAUUCCUGAGGGCAUUCCCAUCGAAACCAAAAUCUUGGACCUGAGCAAGAACAAGCUAAAGUCCAUCAACCCGGACGAGUUCUUCUCAUACUCUUUACUGGAAGAAAUCGAUCUCAGUGAGAAUAUAAUAACAACUGUGGAACCUGGCUCUUUCAAUAACCUUUUUAACUUGCGUUCCCUUCGUCUCAAGAGCAAUCGUCUAAAACUAAUCCCCCUGGGUGUUUUCACAGGGUUGUCUAAUUUGACCAGGUUGGAUAUCAGUGAGAACAAAAUAGUCAUUUUGUUGGAUUACAUGUUUCAGGAUUUACACAAUUUGAAGUUUCUUGAAGUGGGAGACAAUGAUCUGGUUUACAUUUCGCACCGAGCCUUCAAUGGCCUGCUCGGACUGGAGCAACUUACCCUUGAGAAGUGCAACCUUACAGCAGUACCAACAGAAGCCCUCUCUCACCUCCACAAUCUGGUAAGCCUCCGGCUCUCCCACCUCCACGUCAGCUCCGUCCACACCUACGCCUUUAAGAAACUCUACCGACUCAAACGCUUGGAAAUCGACCACUGGCCCCUACUGGAUGUCCUGCCCACCAACAGCCUCCAUGGUCUGAACCUCACCUUCCUGUCCAUCACCCACACCAACCUCACCGCAGUGCCCUACACGGCAUUCAGACAUUUGUACCAUCUUGUGUACUUGAACCUGUCCUUCAAUCCCAUCAGCAUGGUGGAAUCGGGCUUGUUGCAGGACUUGGUGCGGCUGCAGGAGCUGCACCUGGUCAGAGCGCAGUUGCUGACCAUCGAGCCCCGUUCCUUUCAAGGGCUGCGUGCCCUGCGGGUGCUGAAUGUCUCACACAACCUGCUGGACACAAUGGAGGAGAGCGCCUUCCAGUCGCUCAAGAGCCUACAGGUGCUGGCCAUUGACAACAACCCACUGGCUUGUGACUGCCGCCUCCUGUGGAUCAUGCAGAGAAGGAAGGCAUUGAGGUUUGCGGAGGAGCAGCCCGUCUGCACAUCACCGGAGAGCUUGAAGGGCAAACCCUUCAAGGAGAUUGCUGACGUUUUCCUCUCCAGCUACUUCACUUGCCAGAAGCCCCACAUCCAAGAGAAGAAGCUUCAACACCUGUUGAUUGAGGAGGGCCAGGUGGCUCAGUUCAUUUGUCGGGCAGAUGGGGACCCUCUCCCAAUUAUUUCCUGGCAGUCCCCGCGCAGAAGGAUGAUCACAGUAAAAUCUAAUGGGAGAGCCACAGUCCUGGGUGAUGGCACCUUGGAGAUCAGGUUUGCCCAGGUUCAGGAUAGCGGGCUGUACCUCUGCAUCGCCAGCAAUGCUGCCGGUAAUGACACUUUGUCGGCCACGCUGUUCGUCAAGGGAUUUUCCGAGCAUCUGCACGGAAACAGCACCUCUCAGUACAUGAUUGAUCUGAACAACACCCACUCAAAUGGUACUCAUGUGUACAUGACGGUGGCGCUGGACCUUAAGACCAUCCUGGUGUCCACUGCCAUGGGCUGCUUCACUUUUCUGGGAGUCGUCUUGUUUUGCUUCCUGCUCCUUUUCGUAUGGAGUCGGGGGAAGGGCAAGCACAAGAACAACAUUGAUAUUGAGUACAUCCCCCGUAAGACGAACGGGGCCAUGUCUGAUGCAGAUCAAGGAGGCCCGAGGAGGUUCAACAUGAAAAUGAUAUAACGUCAGCAGCAACAUGGUGUUUUUGUUUAAAUCACCCAUCAGGUUGUCUCUUGCUGGUUAUGGGGCUACAUCUACAGUGUGAUGAUGCGGCCUGGCUCGACAGACUGCCAGGGGAUAUACCUGAUUACAGCCGAUGGUACAAAAUAAACAAAAACAACUACUAGAUUUAUUGCAGCAG